AAUGACCUAGACUAGAGGAACUGUCCGACUGUCGGGCACGAGAAGUCCUAAUACUUCAUGAUAUAUUUUUUAUUAAAAAUACAGAUUUUGUGUAUUACCCUAGAAAGUACUUUCUUUUAAUCGUUACCUACCUUUGUGAAUAUCUCUUAUCCUACGUGCCGAAGGAUAGUCUUGCUUGGUUUCCCUUCAAUUCAAAUGGAGCAUAGCUUUAAGGUAACGAAGGAACAUAAUUGAAAGUCGAAAGCUGUAUCACUCCAACCCAGAUACAUCCCAAUAACUCAGGCAACCACUAAAAGUAGAGGAGAGGGAUCCAGCCUAAACGUGCCUCUAAUCAGCCGACGGCAUGGUAAGGCAGCUUCUCAGCCGCCGAUAGCCACCAGAAAACCAGUAGGCUUGGAGGAGUAAAUAACACAGACUCGGAGAGAGGAGGAAUGUCAGAGCCAGGACCAAACCCAUAAAGACUGAGACGAAAACCAAAAAAAGAGGAGUCCGGACAGACAGAAAAGUGGAAGAAGAUAUCCUAGGAUUAGUGGCUAAUCCGGGCCACGACCAAUCCCCAGAGGAUUCCCCUUUUUUCCUUCUCAAGACACAGACAGCCGCCAGAUUACUGCAGUAAAUGUAUUGGCUUUCAGAGACUUAACUUAUUAUGUUUUUUAAACCAAAGAAGGCUUGGUAUUAGCUCGGCCCUAUCAGAUGCCUAGAGUGUGGGCCGCUGGAUUUUUGUAACUCUGAAAACAAAGGAUCAGGAAGAGAGGAGCACAAGGCAGGGGAGAGAUUCUGUGACAUGUAGGAGUCAUAUAGGUGCGUUCUUUAAAGACGUUUGGAGAUUAACCUCCGGGCUCUGUCUGUGUCUGUGGAAGUCAGACAAGAGGUCAACUAAGUGGCCUUCUCUCCCCUCGGGACAGUAAGGACAUACUCGACUCCCGCUGAGUGUGGGCCAAAGAUCCUCCGACUCAAGCAGGAUUACAGCUCUGGGCUCUUCUUUUAGGACAGUGUGACGGACGGGUGAGGUGUUUCUUUGAAUUACACGGUUGGAACAAGGGAGUAUCUGCUUUUAUUCCAAUUCACACAGGUUGAUAAGGGCAUGAUUGCUUUAGCCUCUGUCGCCCAGAGUCACACAGGACAGUUAGUGAAGGAGGUUGAUUUGAGUGCUUGAACUCUCAGCAUGUGAAGUCUGGUUAUGAGUAUGUUGUUCAUCCUCCCUAAAGGCAUAACACUGUCUCAAAUUCAUCAUCGCAGCUAGUAGUUACCCACAUAAUAGAAGUGUGUUGGUCUGGUAUCUCAACCCCUAGUAAUUCUCCAUCUCCCUGAACCCCUGGUUUUUCUCACUCUCCCUGAAACCCUGGUAUUUCUCCCUCUCCCUGAACACCUGGUUUUUCUCCCUCUCCCUGAACACCUGUUUUUUCUCCCUCUCACUGAACACCUGGUUUUUCUCCCUCUCCCUGAACUCCUGGUAUCUCUCCCUGAAGUCUGGUAUGAGGCGUGUGGCUGCCAGCAGCCCCUCCUAGAGCACCAGCCUCAGAGACUUGCAGGCAGAGGCCUGGGACUGUGGUCAGAAGCAAACUGAAAAGGCUGCUUUAACCCUGACGCAACUGCGUUCAAAGGUCCACUACAAGUAACUAAUGAAGCCAGGCUACGACACGUGGGAGGGCCUCACCAGUGGACAAGGUUUUAAAAGAACCUUGUCAGUGUUCUCUACAAGAUCAACAUUAUUACAGAAAGUGAUAUCCAUUACUCCACUCGCUAAAGUAAACAAAGGAAAAGUCCAUUAUUUGCCUGCCUCCUGCCAGGGUUGACUUACUGGGGUUUUUGUGUCAGCAGUUUUCUAAUCAGCAUAUUGAUCAGCAUCUUGUUGGUUAAAAAUACAGCAGAACAUUGUUCAUCUGCUGGAACAUACUUCGUAUGUUUGUAAACAGGGUUUUGCCUGCUGUUCAGAUCAGUUUAUGGUGUUGAGAAUCAUCUCUUCUUUGUUAUUAAAGACAGAUCUAAAUGUAUUUAAUCAAAAUAUGACAUGAUCAAGUAGCACUCAUGUUGUAGCAAGACACAAGAGUGAGAGUAAAUACCCUGAAACACUCUUACAAAACCUUGACUGAUAUUUAUUUGGUCAUUGUUGAUGUGGACUAAAAUUAGACGGUUCCAGAAUGGUAGGUUUUGGAACUUGGAAUUUUGAUGACUAUGAAAAGUCCAAGGUCUGUAGAUUUUUUUUUUAUCCAGUUACUUUGUAACUGAAUGUUCCAGAUAAAGAUAUGUUUUGCAAGACCCCCUACAUGUUUUUCUAUGAAUACAGCAAUCCAAUCUCAAGCAAAGAAAACCUCCUCAGAGUACCUAGACUCUAACAGCUAAAUGGUAUAUUCUCCUCAACAGAGAAUCAAAUACAUUUUGUGCUUUCUUUUAAUAAAUGGUUUCAGUGUACGACCACAGGAGGGAUAUUUGUUGCUGGAACUGGACUUAUUCAUGAGCUGAUGUUUUAUAAACCAAAUAUCCAAAACAACUGUCAAACCUAGCAUCUCUGAACACUUAGAAGGGCUGGGGGAUUCCAGGAACUGAGCUGCAUACUUUUCUCCACCAUUUCUCCUGACUUAAUCCAGCUGGAUAUGGAUGACAACAAACAGCAGAAAAUGGGACUGAAAUUGCAAACAGCACAUGAUAACGAGAGAUUAAAAUAGACUGCUCCAUUACCAGUUGACCCUAAGCAACCUGGUGGCGGAAUUCUAUUAAAAAAGAAUCGACAACCUAGAGCCAACACAACAUUACUUUUGAGGCACACGAUCUCCCUCUGAGCAUUUGAAAAUAUUUGAGGAUCUAUUUUCGUCACAGAGGUUUUGGGGCUUUGUUUUGGGGAACCCAUCAGAAUGAACCUGGGAAAGAUCCCUGGCCUGAAAGGCCUAGUGACUGGCUCUCAGGGCAGACGUCGUUUCAAAGGUGACCUCACCCUAGACAUGAUCAGCCCUCCCCUGGGCGACUUCCGGCACACCAUGCACGUAGGCCGCGGCGGGGACGUGUUUGGGGACACCUCGUUCCUAAGCAACCAUGGUGGGUCAGCCAAUGGGGACGCUGACUCUGUCACAAGCCCUGAUAACAAGAUCGGAGCAUUCUUCUCCCGGACCCUCCGGCAUGUACGGAAAACGCCGGAGCGUCCACGGGGUGGAUCCAAGGAUCUGUCCCCGCCACCGCCUCCCAUCUCCCCCAUCGUUAAGAACGCAGUGUCCCUCCCUAGGUUAGAUGUGGACUCACCGAACGGCUGCCCUGUUAAAAACCUCUUCCCCGCCUCUCCCACCUCCCUGGAGGAGACCACGUAUGGUUAUGGUCUGGAGUCGGGUUUCAUCACUCUGCCUCGCCUGUCACGCUCAGCAGAGCAUCAGUCACAGCAGAGAGGAUCUACUUCCUGUACCCUGAACACCCACGGAGUUUCAUUCACCGACAUCUUGUCCUCUUCAACUGACCCCGCCCCGACCUCUGAGCCUGGUAACAUGACCCGCUCCAACUCCCUGAACUCCAUGGCCUCCUUCAUCUUUGACCUGGGACCCUCCCUCAUGAGUGAGGUUUUCGGCGUGAUUGACAGCCCCAGCGACCACCCAGAGCCAAUCCAUUCCUGGGAGGAGGAGGAGCCGAGUGGCUCCGCAUUCGGGUUUGCGACCAAUGAGGGCUCGGAGAUGGACUCAGAGAUGGAUGCCACUACUGCUUCAUUGGUGGAUUCUCUGCUUCGAGAGGACUGUAGCAGUAGCAGGAAGAGUCCAUAUGGGAUGGAGUGGGAAGAGGAAGAAGAGGAGGCUAGAAAAAAUGAGGUGAAUGGAGUUGAGCAGCAUCCUAAAGGGGCAGUUCCGGAUUUGGUGAUGGGUUCUCCUUCUAGACAGAGGCCUGCUAUGGAUAGUGAGAAGUUCCUGGGUGCCACUGAUGUGUUGGGGAUACUCUAUGGGGUUGGAGGGCUCCUAAAGGGGCAGCAGAGGAUGGAUCUGGGGGAAGAGGUGACCAUGGGCCAGACCACGAAGAAAACACCCUACGUCUGCAUUACAUCCGAUGAGGAGGAGGAAAUUAAAGUUUGAACAGCCUUGUUUAUAAUGCAUUUGACAAGAAUUAUUCACUAGAAAUUUUGGAUCCUUGGUUAAUUCUGUUAAACCUUAUAUGUCUUAAGGAACAUUUUGGUCAAUGAGGCUGGCUCUAUUGACAUUACUAUCAUAUUCUGACAUGAUUACUUGUACAAAUGUAAUAAGAAAUCAGAACUCACUUUAAAGACAUUUAUUUUUUUUACUCCCCUGAAAUCUGGUGGGAAAGUGUUAGUUGAAAAACUCAUUGAAUAAGUAUGGAUGUUGAAAGUUCACCAAUUAACAUAUUUUAUGCUAGGAGCUAGAACAGGCUAAAAAUAGCUAGCUACAAGUGCUUUCAAAAGUGGUCACUGGAACCAGUGUUACACCAAGACAUGUGAUAGAAAUUGUGAGAAUGUACCAGAGAAAGUGCUCAUUGGCAGUGGUAUAGUGGUCAGCGAAAUUUGUGGGUCGCAGUAAAAAAGUUAUUUGUUGGUUGCAGUAAAAAAAAAAAAAAAAAAAAAAA